CAUUCUUUAGCUUGGGCGCCUUCACUUACAGGUCUGUUCUGACUUACUAUGGCUCCUAAGCGUAAAAGACGCGCCUCCCCUGUUCCUAAGGGCCUCCCUGCUGGUCAGCUCCUUAAGCGGACCAGACUCUCUGGUGAUGCAUCUUCCGCCUGGACAUGGGUUGGCACCGAGAUUUCAGAGGCCUCCCAGAUCACGCUGGAACAUCGGCUCAUGACCUGUUAUUUGUCCAAAAGAAACACGAAGCCCUUCUGUCCUAAUAGAUAUAUUCCGCCAGUGAAAUCUCCUAAUGGUGUCCAUACCCAUACCAUCGAGAAGUCAACAGCUAUGUCGACAGCUGAGGACGACCUCGAUGAUGUUGUCGUGGUCUCUGAAAACGAAACGAACAACUGCACGAAGAAGGCCUGUCGAAAUAAUCCCAACUGCCUCAAUCAUCUAGGCCAAGAUAAAUGGGAAGACGAAGAGAAGGCCAAAAGAACUUAUAUCCAAGCGUUAGAGCUCGGGGAAAACCCUGCUGUCUAUUCUCGUGAUCCCCACAUUCCCGUUGGCCUCAAGAAUCUCGGGGCAACUUGCUACGCGAAUGCGUUCCUUCAAGUCUGGUUCCGGGAUUUAGCGUUUCGCGAAGGGGUCUACCAGUGUCAGCUGUCAGAGGAUAAAGACAAAAAGAUAGAGGAAUCUCCUAUUUUCCAGCUUCAAGUGACAUUUGCCGCUCUACAAAAAAGCACGCAAAACGUCUAUAAUCCCACGAAACUUGUAGAAAGCCUCAAGUUAUCUACCUCUGAGCAGCAGGAUGCGCAAGAGUUUUCAAAGCUCUUUAUGUCUCUCCUUGAUCACGAGUUCCAGAAACAAACUAUCCCAUCGCUGAAAAGUCUGGUAUCUAGUCAGUUCCAAGGUCAGCUGAUAUAUGGGACUCGAUGCUGCCAUUGCAAGAAAUCAUCUGAAAGAGCCACUGAUUUUCUCGAGCUCGAGGUGAACAUUCAGAACAAUGUCAGACUAGAGGCGCGCGUAGCAGCCUUACUUCAGGACGAGAAAUUAACUGGAGAUAAUAAGUAUUCGUGCUCAAACUGCCUCAGUCUUCAUGACGCUAUUCGGUACACUGAACUGCGAAGAUUGCCGCCCGUCUUGCACUUUUCUCUCCUUCGAUUUGUGUAUGAUUUCUCUUCCAUGGAGCGCAAAAAGUCCAAACAUAACGUCCUUUUCCCAACUGUCCUGGAUAUGGGACAAUUCUUGAAAGCUACGAAAGAUGGAGAGCCCACCCCGCAAGGGCAUGACAUUUACGAGCUGAGGGGUGUUCUCCUGCAUCGAGGGUCUAGUGCCUAUCAUGGACAUUAUGAAGCACAGGUCUUCGACACCAGCUCCCGAACUUGGUUUCAGUUUGAUGAUGAGGACGUUGUGAGCAUACAGUCGCUUGGAGAAAAGAAAUAUACAGGCAAAGAUAUGGUCGACAUCUUGAAUGGGAACGAAGAUAGAAAGCUGUCAGCGGCCCGAGGACGCCCCAGCAAACGGCCACGGCUUGAGGAAAGUGAAAGGGAGAAUUUGAAGCCAAAGAAUCAGCAUGAAUCUGGGGACCAGGAGGAUGUUUACUCCUCGAAAGACGCAUAUAUGCUUAUAUAUGCGCGUAAGGAAUCUGAUACGACCAGCCUUUCCGUGGGGUCGACUGGACCCUCCCCUCCGGAAAAGGCCAUGGCUCACAUUCGAGAGGGAAAUGAAUGCCACAUGGUGACCUUGGCCUCGUAUAAGCAAAAGGAGGAUGAAGCAGUGGCUCGUUUUGUACAACAACGCAGCGCAAUGCGGGAUAUCUUUGCAUCAUGGCAGACCUCCUCAAGCGAUGAGGAAAGCUUUGUUGUCAGUCGACAAUCGCUAGAGACAUGGGUUGCCAAACCUUUCGCCAAAUCCAAAAACCCUCAGAUCGAUAAAGAGCCACUAAGCAUUGAGACCGAAGUCGAAGAGGUAUCGGACAUACUUUGCGCUCACGAGGGGCUAGAUCCUCGCAAAGCGGGAAAUAUGAAACGAAUCAAUGCUCAAUCAUACAGACGGAUCGCCGAUGAAUUCAGUGACAAGAUAUCACCAGCACAAUCCCCAGAAUCUGUAUGUGAGACUUGCGUCCACGAUCUCUUCCUCGAGAAAUUGUACCAGGUUGAGCACCCUCGAAUGGUCAGCCAACUCGAUGACUGUUGUGACGAUGAUCUUGAGGAAGACGGUUAUUGGAUCUCAAAAAGUUGGGUGAAAGACUGGAGGCUGCAAAAACCGAAGAUGCAUUCAUUACAUGUAGAUGUGCCCCCUGAUGCAACGCCGUUCCGCUACCAUGUCCUAUGCGAACAUGGGGAGCUAUCUCUGCAUGCAUCUACGCGAAGGCUGAUAUCCGCCAAGGCGACUAAGCUUCUCAAGACGCUAUUUCCAAGCUGGCAGCCCCUUCCUUCCGCGACUGGGCCCUGUCCCAUCUGUGAGGCAGCGCAUUCAAAUAACAUAGAAGACAAGAAGGAAGCACGGAAAGCAGCUGAAGAAGAGAAGACCCAACUGAGACACAUGAGCGAAAACGCGCUCGCCGGGAAUCUGCUACUCCUGGAGAACGUUGCGUGCGCUGUGAUCCCUACACUGUUUGUACGCAUGUGGAAGCAAUGGCUCAGCCGGCCAGGCGAUUCUCAUCGUCCGGACAACGUUGACAAUGCCAUGUUUCUAUGCAAGCAUGACAAACUUAACUUCGAUCCCAACUCACCUGGAGAUAUGGACAACUACGUUGCAGUUAUACAGGAAAGUGAUUGGAGGAUUCUUUCGUCAUUAUAUAAAUGUGGUCCUGAGAUUGCUCUGACGAAGCAAGUAGUCGAAGAACCUGAAGGGGUGUUCGAAACAAAGUUUGUCCACGACAUACCUGUAUGUCAGGAAUGUCGCUUAAGGAGAAAGACCGACUUUGAGUACACCGAGUUAACCAUUCGAUUACUACAUUCGAAAGACUCGGCUAAAGACACUUCGACAAAGAACCUGUCGAAUUCGAAUACACGACAGUCCCGCCGGAUACGCCAAGUGAGACAGCGGAGCGGUAAGACUCACGUCAUGGUGUCGAAAGCCACGACUGUAAAAGACAUCAAAGUCAUGAUUCAGGACGACCUCAAAAUUCCUACCAUUUGCCAGAAGCUAUUCUUCCAUGACUUAGAGCUUGAAGACAGUACGACUACCAUGGUGGCAUUAGGCGUCGAGAUCAAUGACUGUAUGGACCUAAGAGAAGAGAAAGAAAGCGGGGACCUUUCCGAUAGCUCAGAUGAUGGAGGGGGCAGGAAGCGCCCCAAAGAGAGGGGCUUUGGUGGCACACUCUUAGGCAGUUCUUUGCCAGGGUCGUCUCAAACGACUGAGAGGAGCGCUAGCGCAAGUUCUGAGGAGCACCUCGGGGGGAGCGCAUGUUCGCAGUGUACCUUCAUAAACUCCCUACAUUUAGCACAGUGCCAGGUCUGCGGUAAUCAGCUGUGAUGGCGACG